AUGAAAGUGAAAGCACAAUCUUCGGAUACAUCUUCUCGUACAUCAGAAACAGAAUUUUGUACAUAUAAAGGAAAAACAUAUCAACAUGGAGACAAAGUUUACACUGGCCCAUAUAAUGAAGGAUAUUGUGAGGGCUACUAUUGCAUCAAUGGAAGUUUAGAACCAUAUUACAUUGAAUGUGAAGAAAUUUUUGAUCCUGGCCUCGUCGUCGAUGGCUGUGAAACAAUCUUUACUGAAGGAGUUUGCUGUCCCAAUUUUGAAUGUCCUUCAACUACUUCUACGCCUUCUACUUUUGAAAUUGAUGGAACUUGCACAUAUAAAGGAAAAACAUAUCAAAACCGAGACUUCGUUUACUUGGGUGCGUUCGAUGAAAUUGGUUGUUCUUUUUAUCACUGCAUCAAUGGAAAUGUACAACGAGACCAAACCGAAGACUGUGAAGGAGCUUUUACUGACGAAUACAAUGGCUGCAAGCCAAUCUUUACAGAAGGAGUUUGUUGUCCCAAAUAUGAUUGUUCACAUAAAAUUAUUAUGUAA